AUGAAUAUCAAGCCUACCUUCAUGCAGAACGUCCUGCGCACAAAGCCGCUCGCGGUCAUUAAAGCCGAGGAGGCCGCCGAGGAACUACCUCGCCAACUGUCCCUCUUCGAUCUGGUGUGCAUUGGCAUUGGUGGAACAGUCGGUAGCGGUGUCUUCUCCACAACGGGCGAGAUCAUCAGUGGCACAGCCGGACCUGCUGCUUUCGUCAGCUGGAUCAUUGCGGGUGUGGUAUGCUGCAUCAACGCUCUGGCCUACAUGGAGCUGGUUACUCGCGUGCCUUCUUCGGGUAGUACGUACGCCUACUCGUUCUACGCUCUGGGAGAGCUACCGGCCGUAAUCGCGGCGUGGUUGCUAACGCUCGAGUACGGUAUCUCCGGCGCUGGUGUGGCCCGUAGUUGGGCGUCCAAGGUUCAAGAGUGGCUCGUGGAUGAGCACCCGGAACACACCUACCAGUGGUUAAACGAAGACUACACAAACUUACUUGGUGCUGUGCUGAUGGCACUCUGUGUAGGUGUAUUGCUGAUGGGCGUUCGCUUCGGCAAAUACUUUGUGAACACCUUCAGUACCAUCAAGGUGCUUGUGGUGCUGUUCAUCAUCAUUGCCGGUUUCUCCGUCAUGGAUUCGGACAACCUCUCGCCUUUCGUUCCGCCUCGCCAAGACCUGGACGGCACAAAGGCGUUCGGUACGCAGGGAAUCAUCACCGGUGCCUCGUCGGCCUUCUUCGGCUACAUUGGAUUCGAUGAGGUUUGUUGUCUGGCCGCAGAGGCCAAGAACCCCAAGAAGGUCAUGCCUCUGGCUGUGAUUUGCGUGGUACUCGGCACGAUGUUCCUGUCCUGCUUCGCAUCGUUGGCUCUCUCGGGUAUGAUCCCGUACCUAGAGGCUCAAAGCUUUGGUGCUGGUUUCGAGUACCAAGGCCAACACUGGGCCUCUCAGAUUGUUCGAGCUGGCGAGACCUGCACGAUGCCCGUCGUGGUGCUGGUCAGCUUCCUAGCCCAGCCGCGUCUGAACUACGCCCUGGCAUGCGACGGUCUGAUGCCCCGCAUUUUCGCCAAGGUCGACGAUAGGGGCAACCUGUUCGCCAACACUCUCCUCUGUGGUACCUUUUUCACGGUUGUGGCUUUUGUGGUGCCAUUCGACACGCUUUGGGAUAUCGUCAGUUUUGGCAUCCUGUUGUCGUUCAAUAUGUCCAUGUCCUCCCUGCUAAUGGUCCGAAUGAGGAAGGAGUCCCCGUCGCUAGCACCCAAGCUCAUCGGUCUCUUGGUGGCGUUCGCGUGGCUCGCUGCGUUCUUCUACCAGAUCGGAUACUCGAACGAAAGCCACACGUGGUGUCUAGUCUUGGGCAUUGUCUUCCUCGUGCUCACCGUCAUAGUGUGCUUCGUCAUGUACUUCAAGUGCCCACAGGAGCCCCAGAGCGGCGAUAAUUUUACGGCCCCGUUCGUACCAUUCCUCCCUACCGUCGCCGUGCUGGCAAAUUUCUACUUAGCUGCCCAGAUCAGCUACAAGGGCAUCUACACGAGCUGCGCGUGGCUGGCGGCAAGCGUCGUCUUCUACUUCUGCUAUGGCUACAAGCACUCGGCUGGUCGUACCGGCUGGAGCGCGCUGAUGAGUCUUCCACGUGAUUCAACCAUGCGUUCUCCCAUGAUCUCGGACAAGAAGCUACAAGAGUAG